CAUGCAUCCCCUUUAUAUAUUCGGUGCUCCCUCAUCCAAAGAAAAACCUCACCCUCUCUCUCUCUCUCUCUCUCUCUUGCUCGCUCGCUCGCUCACUCACUCACUGUCACAAACACAAAAUUUCAGAGAUCCACGUUCACGCUUCACACACAAAUUCUUCUUUGUAUCUUAAUGGGAUGGAGCUUUAUCACAGCAGCAAUCAGAACAACAACAACAACAACGUUGUUAUUGCUCCGUUUGUUAUAAAAACUUACCACAUGGUUAACGAUCCCACUACCGAUAAACUCAUCACGUGGGGCCCAGCCAACAACAGCUUCAUCGUCCUCGACCCUCUCGAUUUCUCUCACUCUCUUCUCCCUGCGUUUUUCAAGCACAACAAUUUCUCAAGCUUCGUUCGCCAACUCAACACUUAUGGUUUCAGAAAGGUGGAUCCGGAUCGGUGGGAAUUCGCGAACGAGUGGUUUCUCCGAGGGCAGAAGCAGUUGUUGAAGAACAUCGUGAGGAGGAAGCACGGUGGAGGGAGGAGUGGGUCGCAGAAGGUGGAGGAGUUGGAUGAAGAAACCAUGGUUAUGGAGAUAUCGAGGUUGAAGGAGGAGCAAAAAGCGUUGGAGGAAGAGCUUCGAGGGAUGAAUAAGAGGUUAGAGACAACAGAGAAACGACCACAACAAAUGAUGGCUUUUCUUUGCAAAGUAGUGGAAGAUCCUAACGUUCUCUCUCGGAUUCUCAAAGAGAGAGAAAGGAAGCAUCUCGGUGAGAAAAAGCGCCGCCUCAUAACGUCGGCGACGUCCUCCUCCUCUUCCUCCGACAUGGCGGGGACAAACUCAGUCAAGACGGAGUUUGAGGAAGAGGAAUUAACCGUAGGGAAUAAUAUAAUAUCGUCCCCGGAAACGGGAUUUGAAAUUGAUAAUUUUUGUUCGCCGUCACCGCCGCAGGAGGCGCCGGCGGGAUAUUGGGGUCAAGUGCACGGGGGUGUGAUGGAUAGGGCUCGGAUUGGGCAACAGAGGUUUGGGUAUGAUUGUGCCGCCGUGCCGACGCCGUUGACGGCGGUGUCUCCGGCGGCGACUGUAAUGGGUGGAAGCUAUUUGGGGUGUGAGAAUAGUAAGGGGCGUGGGAGCAUUUUUAGUGAAAUGGCGGCGGAGAGUAGUUCGUUGCCGCCUUAUCCGUUUUCGUUGUUGGAAGGUGGGUUUUAGUUUUUCUUUUUUUUAGUUUGUGAAAAUUAUUAAUUACUUCCACAAGAUUUUAUCUUGGAUUCUAUCUUCUGUAUUAAAGAUUCUAUGCUUUCUGCGUAGUUUUGUGUAAAGAAAAGAAAAAGGAGGAAAAAAGAUUAAAAGAUUUACGAAAAAAGAUGUU